AGCUGAUCUUAGCAAAUGCUCUCUGCUCCACACUUGCUUGCUUUGUCUCUCCUUUUGUCAUUUUUUCAUUAUCCCACUCUAUUUAAGAGAAAUCACCUCACUCACACUAUAAUAAGCUUAGCUUAGGAAAUUUUCAUCCCCAACUUAAAAAAAAAUGGGGUUUUUAAUUACUCAACGAAUUACGAUUUUUUUCCUGUUGCUGGGUCUUUGCCACGUGUCCUUGUCGGCGUCGGAGAAGAAGACGUACAUUGUCCACGUGGAAAAGUCAAGGAUGCCGGCAACCACCGACUACCACUUGCAGAGGUUCGAGUCUUCACUCCGGCAGGUGUCCGACACGGCGGAGAUGAUGUACACGUACACCAACGCGGCUCACGGGUACUCGACACGCUUGACGGAAGCCGAGGCGGUGGCUCUCUCCUCCCAGGCCGGAAUACUGUCGGUGUUGCCGGAAACUCGGUACGAGUUGCACACGACUCGGACGCCGUCUUUCCUCGGACUCGACCGAACUCCGGAUGCGUUUCCCGAGUCGGAGUCGGAAAGUGACGUCAUAGUUGGGGUGUUAGACACGGGUGUCUGGCCGGAGAGUAAGAGCUUUGACGACAAAGGGAUGGGCCCUGUGCCUUCCACGUGGCGUGGUACGUGUCAAACAGGGAGUAAUUUUAGCGCGUCGAGCUGUAACCGGAAACUCAUCGGCGCACAGUACUUCUCCCAGGGGUACGAGGCUGUGGUGGGGUCGUUUGAUGAAUCACAUGAGUCCAAGUCACCACGUGACGGCGACGGACAUGGGACCCACACGGCGAGUACUGCCGCCGGAUCACCGGUGGAAGGGGCCAGCCUCUUAGGGUACGCUCCUGGUACGGCCCGAGGAAUGGCCCCAAAGGCUAGGGUGGCCGUCUACAAGGUGUGCUGGACAGGGGGAUGUUUCAGCUCAGACAUAUUAAAGGCCAUUGAUAAGGCCAUAGAGGAUAAUGUGAACGUGUUGUCCCUCUCUUUGGGUGGAGGGAUGUCCGAUUACUAUAGAGAUAGCGUUGCAAUUGGCGCAUUUGCAGCGAUGGAACGGGGGAUAUUGGUGUCGUGCUCGGCAGGGAAUGCGGGGCCCGCCGCCUUUAGUAUGUCAAAUUUGGCACCGUGGAUUACAACCGUAGGGGCUGGUACACUGGAUCGGGACUUCCCGGCUGUUGCUAGCCUCAGUAAUGGGAAGAAAUACUAUGGUGUUUCUCUCUUCCGCGGCGCCUCUUUACCUCAGGGCCUGAUACCCGUUGUCUAUGCAGGAAAUGCGACCAACGUUACUAGUGGCAAUCUAUGCAUGACUGGCUCAUUAAAUCCGGAGAAAGUGAAAGAUAAGAUUGUCUUAUGUGACCGUGGGGUCAAUGCGAGGGUCCAGAAGGGUGCGGUGGUCAAAGCAGCCGGUGGUGUCGGUAUGAUUUUGGCAAAUACCGAGGCAAACGGGGAGGAGUUAGUUGCUGAUGCGCAUUUAUUGCCAGCCACAGCGGUGGGCCAGAAGAGUGGAGAUGCUAUUAGGGACUACGUGGUCUCGGGUUCGAACCCGGCUGCUAGUAUCCUUUUCGAGGGAACGAAAUUGAAUAUUCAACCGUCCCCCGUGGUGGCGGCCUUCAGUUCUCGGGGCCCGAACGGGAUCACCCCCGAAAUCUUAAAGCCCGAUAUGAUUGCGCCAGGUGUCAACAUCUUAGCCGGGUGGUCGGGGGGCGUGGGUCCCACCGGAGUGGCUUCUGACACGAGGCGGGUCGAGUUCAACAUCAUAUCGGGGACGUCGAUGUCGUGUCCUCACGUUAGCGGACUUGCGGGGCUGUUAAAGGGAGCGCACCCUGAGUGGAGCCCUGCAGCCAUAAAAUCUGCUUUGAUGACUACAGCCUAUGUUUCCUACAAAAACGGGCAGAGGCUUCAGGAUGUUGCUACCGGAAAACCGUCAACACCACUGGAUCAUGGGGCCGGGCACGUGGAUCCCGUAUCCGCCCUAAACCCGGGGCUCGUGUAUGAUCUCACCACUGAGGAUUACUUGGGUUUUCUUUGCGCGCUCAAGUACACCCCGUCACAAAUAAGCUUGGUUGCUAGGAGAAACUUUUCCUGUGACAAGACUUACAGUUUAUCAGAUUUCAAUUACCCUUCCUUUGCAGUCAUAUUUAAAACCGGUCCAGAAACCAACGCAGCCGGAAGCCCAAGCAGUGAGCCCGUCGUUAGGAAGCACACCCGAACACUGACCAAUGUGGGCCCACCCGGGUCAUAUAAGGUAACCAUUGCUUCAGACGCACCAGAGGUUAAGAUAUCAGUGGAACCGGAAGUUUUGACCUUCAGUAAGCCGAAUGAGAAAAAAUCAUACACUGUAACUUUUUCUGCUGGAUCAAUGCCUUCAGAUACAAACAGAUUUGCAAGGAUUGAAUGGUCAGAUGGUAAGCACGUCGUUGGCAGCCCGGUUUCAUUUAGCUGGUCGUCGUAAGAAAAUGUACGUGCUUGGUGAAUUCGGGCCUAGCCAUACUCCGUAACUGAGUAUAGUUCUUUGGGAUGUGCAACAAUAGCAGCUUCGGUACUUAAAAAACCGCAUUACCAAGGAAGUAACGUUCAGUUAAACCGGUAACUCGAUCAGGUACGAGGCCCGGUUUAGAUUGAGACCAACCGUACUCCGUAUUUAGUUAAUCUGUUAGUUGGAUUGGAAAAAAAGGAUGUUUAGGAUUGUCGUACCACUGAAGAGUGGAAGAAAAAGGAUCAUGUUCUGUUCUUCAAGAUAAGAACAACACAAAAUAAACACAAAAUAAUUAAUCAUGUACUUUAAUUCAACGUUCAAUUUGUUUUAGUUUAGUUUUAUCCAAAGAUAUGGAAAAUUGAAUGAAAUUGUUCAAGAGAUUGACAGAA